AUGGCAUCCAACCCUCCCUCCAAGUGCUGCGUCGUCGGCUUCCGCCACGAGGGCGAGUCAACCGGCACCAUGACCAAGGUCGCCGACAAGUGGGAUGCCUACAUCGCCAAGCCCUCCGGCACCCAGAAGACCGGCAAAGCUCUCCUCUUCCUUCCCGACAUCAUCGGCAUCUGGCAAAACUCCAAGCUGAUGGCCGACCAGCUGGCCUCCCAGGGCUACCUUACCUUAGUUCUCGACAUCUUUAACGGCGAUCCUCUCCCGCUCAAUCGCCCCGACGACUUCGACUUUAUGGGCUGGAUGACCAAGGGCAGCACCGGCAACAACCCGCAUACCAAGGAGGCCGUCGAUCCCAUUGUCCAGGCCGCGAUCAAGACCUUGAAGGAGGAGUAUGGUGCGACCAAGAUUGGUGCUUUGGGAUACUGCUUUGGUGCCAAGUCCCUAGUCCGCCACAUGACCACCACCGCCCCCUUCACCGGCAUCGACGUCGGCUUCAUCGCCCACCCCUCCUUCGUUGACGAGGAGGAGCUCGCCGCCAUCAAUGGCCCUCUUUCCAUCGCUGCCGCCGAGACCGACUCCAUCUUCCCUGCCGAGAAGCGCCACAAGUCCGAGGAGAUCCUCAAGGAGAAGGGCCUACCCUACCAGAUCAACCUGUACUCCCAGGUCGUUCACGGCUUCGCCAUGCGCGCCGAUCUCAGCAAGAAGCAGGAGAAAUAUACCCGGGUUGGAUAA